AUGACCGACGUUUUGUCUUCUCAUUGGCAACAACAAUCUCAUAAUCGAACAACAAAUCCCACGUCCACUACUCGCUCAAAUUAUCGUCGUACGCUCCCCCAUGAUUAUUCUCAAAAAUUGAAUGUAUCUCGAAAAAUCACCGUAUUUCGAAAUGGUGAUCGAUAUUUUGCCGGUAAACAAUUUUCAAUUACACCUCAACGCUACUCAUCAUUAGGUCAACUAUUACAAGAUUUAUCAAGUACAGUUGAUUUACCGUACGGUGUCAGAAGACUUUUUACUCCAAAAUCUGGCUCAGAAGUAACCGAUGUACAAAUUUUGAAAGAUGGUGCUUCCUAUGUUUGUGCGUCAUUUGAACCGUUUCAAAAAUUGGACUACAACACACAAAUGGUGCCAAAAGGAACGUUUAACAUUGAGCAAGGUUAG